AUGGAUGUUUGGCGAGUUUCGACAAUUGUCGGUAGUGUUUUUUCGACUUUUGCUGUUUUAACAGUCAUUAUUGGCUUGCCACUUUUACACAAUCAUGUUCAAAAAGUCACCACAAUUAUGUUGACAGAAGUCGAGAUGUGUAAGGUUCGUUUUUUUAAAUUUGGGAUUAGAUUUACAAAGUGGGUUUGUUGGGGAUCAGACUGGAAGGAUCAGAAAAAAAUGAAUAGAUUUUUUGCCGAAAACAGUUUUCCCUAAAUAAUUAUUUGUAGAGUGAAACCCAAGACAUUUGGAAGCAAAUGACAUUUGUUGCCAGCCCGAGAAGAAAUAUGACAAAGAGACAAUCGCCAUACGGAAAUUAUGGAGCGGCUCCUUCUGGAGCUUGUUGUGCGUGUACUCAAGGACUUCCAGGUACUUAAUUUUAAAAAUGUGUCAACAACUCGUCUGAACAUUUCGAAAUUUCUAGGACCUCGUGGAGAUCCAGGAGAGGACGGAGAGCCAGGUCGUGACGGAUUUCCGGGACGCGAUGGAAACAACGGUGUUGCUGGCAAAUAUCUUCCAGCACCUCCACCGGGCACAAACGCUUGCCAAAAAUGUCCAAAUGGCCCACCUGGACCACCAGGUCUUCCCGGUCCAAAAGGACCACGCGGUCCAGCUGGAAGUGACGGAAAAGCGGGUCGGCCAGGAGAGGACAAUCGACCAGGUCCCCCAGGUCCACCAGGAGUUCGCGGUGAGCCAGGAGCACCUGGUGAGAAGGGACCAACCGGAGAUCGCGGAAAAGUUCUCAAUGGUGCGCCGCCAGGUCCACCAGGACCAACUGGAAAGGUGGGACCACGCGGACCGGCAGGAGGAAAAGGACACGAUGGAAAACCGGGAUUGGGAGGACAGCCAGGAGUUCGAGGAGCUGUUGGAGCGAGAGGAGAUGCCGGAAAUCCAGGAUUACCAGGACCACAAGGACCAAAGGUAAGUGAGGGAGACUGGACAGGAAAUGAAGCUGUAUCAUACCCAACUUCUAUUUACAGGGUGACACAGGAAAUCCAGGAACCUGUUCACAUUGCCAAGCCAAACAACAACAGCCAAUUCCUGUAUCUCGACCAACGUCUGCACCAGCUCCAUCUCCACCAACUGGUGACUAUGAAAACCCAACUCAAGAAACAUAUCCAUCAGCAAAUCAAUAUUUGUGGAUUCAUUGA